UAACCCGUCUCUACCACCUGUAGAUUUUUCCCUCCAAGUUCGACAGGAUCCGGUCCCCCUGACCAUUAUGUUCGCGAAAACGAGAUUGCUCGUACUGUCGAUUGUCGUUGCUUCGCAAGUGUCGUGGCUCGCGAGUGUGUCGCGUGUGGAUUACGGAAAUUCUCUACGGGUAUACAAUGUGGGCGUCCUUAUGGCGUCCCAUCUCGACAGCCCGUUUGAUCUUGAGCGAUGUGGUCCAGCAGUCGAUCUGGCUUUGGCAGAAGUGAACGAUUUCCUGAGUGUUCACAAUGUGCAGCUGCGCAAAGUACAGGGAAGUUAUCCAUCGUGUAGCGGAGCAACUGCACCCGGUUUGGCCGCGGACAUGCACUUCCGGGACAAUGUAAUAGCGUUCAUCGGGCCGGCUUGUGCGUUCGCCUUAGAACCGGUGGCACGACUCGCAGCUUAUUGGAAUACUCCAAUUAUCACGGGCAUGGGUGAUCAACCUCCCUCGGAAGGCGAACUGUCAGUCACAUCUGGUAUCCUUGGAAGGAUCCACAGGUGGAAGAAUGAAACGUCGGGAAUUUUCAAAGACAAAAGCAAGUAUCCCACUUUAACGAGAAUGUCGUACUGCCAGUGUCGAUUGCGGCUCGUCUUCUCUAGCGUGUUCAAAGAGUUCGGAUGGUCUCAUGUCGCGUUGAUAUUGGACAGAUCGGACUUGUUCUCGUUGACAGUAGGAAAGAAUUUGGAGUACGGUCUACGUAAAGAGGGACUCUUGAAGUUUGUGAGGGAUUUGGACGGAAAUUCCGAGGAUGAGUCGUAUCAUCUUUACCUUCGCGAUGCAAGCAUGUACGCCAGAAUUGUGAUACUCAGCGUCCGCGGAACACUGGUCAGGAAAUUUAUGCUGGCCGCCCACGAGUUGGAAAUGACACGAGGGGAGUGGGCUUUUCUUGAUGUCGAGAUAUUUCAUGGCUCUUACUGGGGCGAUCACGACUGGGAGGUUGGAGACGAGGACGACGCCGCUGCCAGAAAGGCUUAUGAAGCUCUACUGAGGGUCUCUCUUCUUCAGCCGACUAGUCCGCGAUUUCAGGGAUUCGCCGAUAAUGUAAGGCAACGCGCGCAGUCGGAUUACAAUUACACAUUUUCGGAAGGCGAAGAAGUGAAUUUCUUCGUCGGGGCUUUUUACGAUGGUGUUUACUUGUUAGGAAUUGCACUGAAUGAGACCUUGGCCGAGGGUGGCGAUAUCAGGGAUGGCAUAUCUAUAACAAGGAGAAUGUGGGAUCGAGACUUCAUUGGUAUUACGGGCCAUGUCAGGAUAGACGACAAUGGGGAUCGUGAUGCGGAUUACAGCAUCCUUGAUUUAGAUCCCAUUACCGGAAGGUUUGAAGUAGUCGCUCAUUAUUCAGGAUUAAAUCGAGAAUAUAAUUCUAUGUCUGGUAAGAAAAUCCAUUGGCCGGGAGGAAGAGAAGGACCUCCGCCAGAUAUUCCAGAGUGCGGCUUUUUAGGAAAUGAUCCGACUUGCACAUCGAGAACAGAAGCUUAUACUUUUGUAGCUUAUACAAGCAUAGCGCUCGCCGUAUUUCUACUCGUUGCAAUCACAGCCGCAUGUCUUUUAUACAGGCAUUUGCGAUUGUCCGCCGAUUUAAAUAACAUGUCUUGGCGUGUAAGACCUGAGGAAUUACUUCUCGAAGUUGGGAAACAAUUUUCGUCAAAAAUAAAUCUGCACCAAGCAAUGUCCGAUGCAAAUAAUUUUGGAUUGGAACAAAAAAUACGUCGCGGAUCGCUGAUCAGUUGCGAAUCUUUGCCGCCCGCGAGAGUUUUCACCACUAUUGGAAUAUAUAAGGGCGAGAGGGUGGCCAUCAAGAAGAUCACAAAGAAGAAGGUGGUCGAUGUUACGAAAAAAUUACUCUGGGAAAUUAAACAGGUCAGAGAUGUCACAUCGGAAAAUACUGUGAGAUUUAUCGGAGCUUGUCUCUGCUCGCCAUCACCGACUGUUUUGAUUCUCACGGAAUAUUGCCCUCGAGGAUCGUUGAAGGAUGUUUUGGAAAACGAGGCGAUUAAAUUGGAUUGGAAUUUUCGAAUGUCCUUGAUCCACGAUAUCGUCAAGGGAAUGUCCUAUCUUCAUGCUAGCGAAGUUUCCGCUCACGGGAAAUUACGAUCAUGCAAUUGUCUGAUUGACGGUCGUUUCGUACUGAAAAUCUCAGAUUUCGGGCUUAAAACUCUCACCACGCCCUCCGAUUUGAUUAUGGACGAGACUUAUUACACUAAAUUACUUUGGAUCGCUCCGGAAUUGCUGCCAUUAACGAUAACUCCAGGGAGCGCCGCGACGCAGAAGGGCGACGUUUACAGCUUCGCGAUUAUCUUGGAGGAGAUAGUGGUUCGUGGCGGUCCUUACGAGGUAGCCAGAACGUUUAUGACGGCACAAGAGAUCGUGAGCAGGGUAUCUGCAUCAGAGAAUCCUCCAUUGAGGCCAGAAGUUGCUCCAAAGGACUGUCCGCCGGACAUACUAUCGCUGAUGGAAAGAUGCUGGCAUGAAGUCCCCGACGAACGACCUAGCUUCCACACCAUUCGCGGCACGAUACGAGGAAUCAUGAAGGGAUAUUGCGAGAAUUUAAUGGACGAUCUGCUACGACGGAUGGAACAAUAUGCCAAUAAUUUGGAAGCUCUCGUUGAAGAGAAAACCGAGCAGUUAAGUUUGGAGAAGCGUCGUAGCGAGGAGCUGCUAUACCAAGUGCUUCCAAGACAAGUCGCUGAUCAGCUGAUGGCCGGGGAAAUAGUCCAACCGGAGCAAUUUGAGUGCGUCACCAUCUAUUUUAGCGAUAUCGUCGGUUUCACAGCGUUGUGUGCGCAGAGCAUGCCCAUGGAGGUCGUGGACUUUCUAAAUGACUUAUACAGCACCUUCGACAAUAUUAUUGGAUUCUACGAUGUUUACAAGGUGGAAACUAUAGGAGAUGCGUACAUGGUCGCGUCCGGUCUUCCGGAAAGGAAUGGCGACGAACACGCGAGAGAAAUUGGACUGAUGGCUCUGGCUAUAUUAGACGCCGUGAAAUCAUUUACUAUAAUGCACAAACAAAACACUCAAUUAAGUGUGCGGAUCGGUGUUCACAGCGGUCCAGUUUGUGCCGGGGUGGUGGGUCAAAGGAUGCCGCAUUAUUGCCUCUUUGGUGACACCGUAAAUACGGCAUCUCGAAUGGAAUCUUCUGGACUUCCUUUGAGGAUACAUGUUUCUGAAGCGACGAAAAAUAUCUUGGACAAGUUCAAGACAUUUGACCUCGAGCUCAGAGGAGAGGUGGAAUUAAAGGGAAAGGGUAGAGUGAUCUCCUACUGGUUGACAGGUUGCUCCGAGCCCAAUUCCAGGUUGGCCGUACCAAAAUACCGUAGGCUAAGCAGUACUCAACCCGAGAAUAAUCUGAAUCCAUUAAUUUUUCCACCGAAUAACACGAAUGGUCCGAAAGCGAGCAACAACACGUUCAUCAACUUGACAGAAUUGUAA